AUGGAUUCUUUAGGAGAGGGUACAAUGCUAGCCCUUAAUGAUGUAGAUAUAGAUUUUAAUCAAUCACAAGAACCAUGUACAACAUAUAAGAACAAGAAAAACAAUAUACAUAAUAGGUCUUCCAUUGAAAUAAAUUGUGAUAAUAAGCAGAAUGAUUCCAAAAAUUCAAGUAAUGCUAGUGGUAAUAUCAAUUUAGAAUGUUAUUUUGAUGACUCUUUUGACUAUAUGAAUUCACAAAAGUGUUCACAGAAUAAGUCAAACCUUUUAAAAAAAUUCUCAGCAAAGUACUCAAUAAAAAGUAAAGAAAACAUAGAGGAAUUUCAUGCUAGCAGUCCCAUUCCAUCAUAUAAAAAUAAAUCUAUAGUUGACACAGAUAAUGAUCAUAACAAUUCCAUAAAGCAAAAUGUAAAUACUAUUGAUAACUCAGGUAAUCCGACUAAUAUAUCUGGUUUAUACGAUAUUGAUUGGAAUACUGAAAAUGUUUCAUUUUCACAAUUGAGUGAAAAACAAUAUCAAAAUGAUAUACAGAACAUUUCAUCUUUAGUUGAUGAAAAAGUUUUGGAUGAGUGUAUACUCGAAGAUUUGUUUAUACAAUCAGGACUUACAUUACCACAGCAUAAUUUAAGUUCUAGUAUAUUGAAUAAUUCACAAAAAUCUUUUGUGGAGGACAAAAUAGUCUUGAAAGAUACAACUAAUAUUGAUACAAAUGAGGUGUAUGAUAAAUCCAAUGAGCAAAUAAAUAUUUCUACUCUCAACACUGUAAUAAAUGAUUCAUGCCCUAAAGUCAAUUCAUCUAUUCUGAAAACAUCACAGACGUUACCAAAAAGUAAUUUAGAAACAUCACACAAGCAUGAGGAAUCUAGCUUAAAUAUAAACAGUUCCAAUACUACUCGUGAUCAAACAUCACAUAAUAUUCCUAAUUCUGCACAUAACUGUGAUAAAUUAUUGUUAAGUAAUUGGGGUUUACCGCCUCAGAUUUUGCAAGAAUAUGCCAACCACGGUAUCAAAAAAUUAUUCCAAUGGCAAGUCGAUUGUUUGGAUCAACAUGAAAUAUUGCACAAGAGAAAAAAUUUAAUUUACUCAGCUCCUACAUCAGCUGGUAAAACAUUAGUUUCAGAAAUUCUAUUAAUAAAAACUGUUUUAGAAAGACACAAAAAAGUAUUAGUCAUAUUACCAUUUGUUUCUAUUGUUCGAGAGAAAAUGUUUUAUUUUCAGGAUAUAUUAGGUAGUAGUGGUAUAAGAGUAUCUGGUUUUAUGGGUUCACAUGCUCCUGCGGGUGGUUUUCAAGCAACUCAUGUAGCUGUUUGUACAAUUGAGAAAGCGAAUAGCAUUAUCAAUAGGGCUCUCAGUGAUGAGUCCCUUGGGGAUAUUGGUGCUAUUAUUAUAGACGAAUUGCAUCUUGUGGGAGACCCAGACCGAGGUUAUAUAUUGGAGCUGCUUCUCACAAAAGUUAGAUAUAUUUGUGAGAAGGAUGAGUCUUUGAAAAUGCAACUCAUAGGAAUGUCGGCCACUCUUCCAAAUUUACCUUUAUUAGCCAAAUGGCUUGAUGCCAGUUUAUAUCAAACAGACUUCCGGCCAAUACCUUUGGAAGAACAAUACAAAAUUGAUGAAUUCAUAUACAAUUAUAAAAAUGAAUUUAUUAGAAAAAUGAUCCCCCAUACUGAUUUCCCCAGAGAUCCCGAUAACGUUAUCCAACUUUGUUUAGAAACUAUAAUGGACUCAUGUUCAGUACUAAUUUUUUGCCCAACAAAAAUGUGGUGCGAAAAUUUAGCUCAACAAAUAGCCAAAGCUUUCAUGCAGCUCUUAAAUGCUGCAGAUAAUGUGAUUGGAAAAAAGUUGCAAGAUGAGUUAAAUAAAUCAGCCAUAAAUGAAUUGAUAGAGCAAUUAAAAAAUUGUCCGGUGGGUUUGGACUCUGUUUUAAAAAAUACUGUAAGCUACGGUUGUGCGUUUCACCAUGCUGGUCUUACUAUGGACGAAAGGGAUAUAAUAGAAGGCGGUUUUAAAAGUAAUGCAUUAAGAGUACUUGUGGCGACUUCGACUUUAAGUUCUGGUGUAAAUUUGCCUGCACGCCGAGUGCUAAUUAGAACACCAAUUUUUCAUGGCCAAAGCUUGAAAAGUUUGACCUAUAGGCAAAUGAUAGGAAGAGCAGGACGUAUGGGAAAAGAUACCAAAGGUGAAAGUAUACUCAUAUGCAACAAAAAAGAUGCAAGUGUAGCCAAGAAAUUAAUUUCGGAGAACGAAAUAUCAUUACAAAGUUGUCUGGUGGGCCGUGGAAAAUUAGAACGUGCAAUAUUGGAGGUAAUAGCCAGUGGUAGGGCUUCAUCACUUCAGGAUUUGGAAAUAUUCACAAAAAGCACGCUGUUUUCAGUCCUGGUUUCAGAAAAUGAAAUGUCUGAUGCAAUCAAGAGCACUGUUGAUUUUUUAAUUAAAUAUGAGUUAGUUCGUCAACAGGAUACGAAUGAAGGUGAUAAGUUAUGGGCUACACCAUUAGGUCAGGCCUGUUUGGCCAGUUCUAUGCCUCCGGAAGAUGGACUCAUGCUGUUUACGGAACUUGAUAAGGCCAGGCAAUGCUUUGUUUUGGAUACUGAUUUACACAUGAUUUAUCUUGUGACACCUUACAGCAUAUGUAGUCAGCUUGGCAACAUAGAUUGGCUCCUCGCAUUAGACUUAUGGGAGGAGCUCAGUCCAAAUAUGAGACGUGUAGGAGAAUUAGUCGGUGUACAAGAAUCCUUCCUUGUAAAAGCUAUAAGAGGCACUCUGAAGUUGAAUUGUCCUCAAAUGUAUCAUAAAAUGCAGAUACAUAGAAGAUUUUAUACUGCCUUGGCGUUGCAAGAAUUAGUUAAUGAAGUACCAUUGCAAACCGUUGCUGAAAAAUUCAGAUGCUCCAGAGGAGUAUUGCAAAGUUUACAACAAAGUGCUGCAACUUUUGCUGGAAUGGUGACUUCUUUCAUCCAUCAGCUAGGAUGGGACUCAAUGGAAAUUCUCAUAUCGCAAUUCCAGCAACGUUUGCAGUUCGGCAUUCAACGCGAUUUAAUAGAUUUAAUGCGGUUGCCCUUAUUAAAUGGGCAAAGGGCUCGAGCAAUUUUUAAAGCAGGCAUUGAAAAUUUAAUGCAGCUGGCCACUUCUGAUCCGUGUGCCCUGGAGAAUAUUUUGUACAAUUCUAUGCCGUUUCAUAGUACAAACAAUCAAGAGGAAUCUUGUGAGGAUAAUGGGUUAGCAAAGAAUAAUGUUAGAUGCAUAUGGGUAAACGGCAAAGCAGGACUUACGACACGAGAGGCUGCAGAUUUAUUAAUUCUGCAUGCUCGUAAGUAUUUGGAGGUGGAAAUGGGUUCAUUGAAUAUAGAUUGGAACAAACAUAACGCUAAUGACACAGUAAAUACUUCCGAAAAUCUAAGUAGUACAGAUACAUCGAAUAGAGAGCAGAAUACUGACAAUAUUAUAACCCAAGUAGCCAAAAAUGAUACGGCAUGUAAAAAAGAUGAUUUUAGGGAACGUGAAGCCUGUUCUGAUAAUUCACUGAUAAGUUCAUUGAAUUUAAGCGACAGAGCUGAUGAUAAUGAACAAUUUUCUGAUAUAUCGAUGAAUGGAGAUAAUAAGAAAAAUGGGGUUGAACGGAUGAAACCAGAAGCAAAGAAACAAACUGUUACAAGAAGUGUGAAACGCAAAUCAGAAUCUCCUGAUGCCAUCGGUAUCAAAAGAUUGAGCCUGGAUGAUGCUGUGGUUGGUUCUCAAGAUGAAAUAUCAGGACCUGAAGAGACUACAAAACUGAUAACAAAGACUACACCAAAAAAUCCAUCAACUUCCGUACAAUCACAAAGAUAUUCUGAAUACAAAGUGUUAAAAAUUAUCUCCAAAAUAAAGUUUAUAAAUGUUACGAAAAGUUUAGAUGACUUUUUAGAAUUUUGUACGAAUAUUAGAAGCGAAGAAAAGAUCUCCGUAACCAUAGUUUGUGAUACGAUACCCAAAUCUGAGAAUAUAAUAGGUAAAAAAUUUACCCAAAGCCAAAGAAUCGAUGAAAGCAAAUAUAAUUGCAUCGUACAAGACCGCUUCAUACAAGGCUUCUACAUUUACUGUGGAAAAACUGAACUUUAUUAUCUAUCCCUUCAAAAUACUUUAGUUGAUGAAAAUAUCACAUUGAAGCAUCGUUUAGACAUUUUAAGAAUCAUUUUCAAUUCAAAAUCCAGAUGCUUAAUAGCAUAUAAUUGCAAAUCUUUAUUAAAACUGGUUUUUUAUGGUUGUCAGUUAGAGAUAAAAUGCAAUCUGAGAGAUCCAAAGGUUGCAGAUUGGAUUUUAAACACCCGUGAAUCAACACCUACUCUAGAACAUUUGAUAAAAUCAUAUUUAGCUAAUUUUAUAAAACUUUCAAAACAAUUGGAAAGCAGAAUAAAAGUCUCAAGCAAUUGCAUCAUGCAAUGGUUUUUAUACGAGGUUUUAUUUCAUAAAUUGAGUGAAAAUACAAAAAUGUAUUUAAGUUUUACAGAUAUUGAAAUGCCUAGUGUUGCGUGUAUAGCAAAAAUGGAAGUUAGUGGCAUUUGUCUGAAUUGUAAAGACUUACAAAAACUAAACUGCAUCGUUGAAGACAAAAUGCAAAAAAUCCAAAAUGAAGCUUAUAAAUUAACAGGCAGAAGAUUUAAUAUGUCGUCUUCCAAAGAGGUUGCUAAAGUUUUAGGAAUAUUUAAUGGAAAAAAAGUCAGCACCAACAAACAAGUACUUGAAACACUCAACACUCCAAUUUCAAACUUGAUCAUGAUUUGGAGAAAACUAGAAAACACUUUAACAAAAAUCAUUUACCCUUUACUGCGAAAUAUAACUUCAAAUAACAGAUUACACGGGCACUUUAUCAUGCAAACAGCAACUGGGAGAAUUGUUAUGUCUGAGCCUAAUAUUCAAAAUGUUCCAAAGGAUUUUGCUGUGGACGAUGAAUUAAAAAAUUUAAGCUGCCGUUCAAUAUUUUCUUCUAAGGAUGGUUACCGAAUUGUAUCUGCAGACUAUAGACAACUUGAAUUCAGAAUUUUGACCCAUUUAUCAGAAGAUCCGAUUCUGUGUGAUAUAUUAAAAUCGAACAAGGAUGUAUUCAAAUCGAUUUCUGCUCAAUGGAAUAACGUUUCAGAAGAUGAAGUGGAUGAUGUAAUGAGACAACGAACUAAACAACUAAUUUAUGGAAUGAUUUAUGGCAUGGGUACAAAAGCUUUGUCGCAUACACUUAAUGUCACUGAACUGGAUGCAUUAACAUUUUUAGAAUCAUUCAACCGAGCAUACCCUGUAUUACAUAGGUACACAAAAAGCGUUAUUCAAAAGUGCAGUGAAACUGGUUUUGUAGAAACUAUUAAAGGAAGGCGACGUUAUUUGCCCAAUAUUAACCAAAGCAGCAGAUCAUUAAAAGGUCAAGCAGAAAGGCAAGCUCUAAAUACAACAAUACAAGGUUCCGCAGCUGAUAUAUCCAAAAUUGCUAUGGUGAGAGUCGACACCUUUGUUAGCAAAAAAAUAGAACAAUGUUCUCAAUUCAGUAACAGUGAUCGAACUGCAAAAUUUGAGAAUGACUCGAUUUGUUUGAUGCUGCAUAUGCAUGAUGAAUUAAUAUAUGAAGUACAAGAAAAUUGUGUUGAAGAAUUUGUAAAAAUUCUUAAGGAUUCCAUGGAAAAUGCGAUUCGUUUGAAUGUUCCCCUGCCUGUGAAUAUAAAAGUUGGCGAUUCUUGGGGCAGUAUGAAAGAUUAUAAUGUUUGA